GCAAAAGUAAGAUUGUGAUGGUAUUACCAAGACCAAAUUCAAAGUAGAGUCAUUGUGGGGCACAUCUUGUCCCCUCCCUCUCCUUGCCGGCCGUCGCCAUCGCCAUCACCACAGAUCGAGGGGAAAAAGAACUAUAUAUACAUGCAUAUGCACGCUAGCUAGCUCCCAUUGCAGUUGCGACGCACUUGUCACGCGGCCGGGCUUUCUCUGAGACGGCUUAAGCUAGCCUCAAGCUAGUUAACUUUCUCUGAGACGCCGGCCAUUUGUGCCCAAGCCUCCGGAAGAGAUAUACGGUCGAUCGGAUGGGGCGGCAGCCGUGCUGUGACAAGCUCGGGGUGAAGCGUGGCCCGUGGACGGCGGAGGAGGACAAGAAGCUGAUGGGCUUCAUCCUCCGCAGCGGCGCCGGGGGCCGUUGCUGCUGGCGGGCCGUGCCGAAGAUGGCCGGCCUGCUGCGGUGCGGCAAGAGCUGCCGCCUCCGGUGGACCAACUACCUCCGCCCCGACCUCAAGCGCGGCCUCCUCACCCACGACGAGGAGCAGCUCGUCGUCGACCUCCAUGCAAGCCUCGGCAACAGAUGGUCCAAGAUUGCCGCCAAGUUACCGGGCAGGACGGACAACGAGAUCAAGAACCACUGGAACACGCACAUCAAGAAGAAGCUCAUCAAGAUGGGCAUCGACCCGGUCACGCACCAGCCACUCCAUGGCCGCCGGAAGCAGCAGGAGGAGGAGGAGCAGGCGACAACCACGUCGGCGCAGUCAUCCACCGUGUCCAGCUCCGACAAGGUUAUGGAUGUGACGUCGGCUGGCGGCGAGGCCAGCCUACCGGAGUCGUCGAGCACGAACACCAGCAGUACUACUACUAAUGGUGGCGGCAGCCAUGACCAGGACCCGCUGGUGAAGUGGCUGCUGGAAGAGGACGACGAUCUGCCCACCGGUGGCGGCAUCGGCGAGAAAUGGCUCGAUUUCACGGCCGGGGAUGACGUUGACGAUCUCGGUAGCAUCGCCGCUACCAUGCCGUGGGACGUCGGAGCGACGGAUUGGCUGCUCGACUACCAAGAUUUUGGAGUGGGGGACUCGAGCUUGCUGUCCAUGUCCAUGGUCGACAGCUCAAACGGAUCAAACUUCUAGCUAUAGCAAUUAAGCAGCUGCAUGAAGAAGAUGCCAGCUUGCGUUGUGCAUAUGCCGUAUGUCAGUGUAGAUAAUUGGAGCAAUUAAUAAAGAGCUUUUUUAGGGUACCAAA